UAUGACGUUGCCUUCAGAGGCGACGGCUGGUUGGAACUGGACAGAUCUGUCAUGAUGCACGAGGAAGAGCGUGAGGUUUUAGGUUUCGAGAUCAGCACUAAUAAAAGCAACGGAUUGAUCAUGUGGCACGGUCAAACGCCGAACGACCUGACUCCAGACGAUUACAUUGCCGUUGCUGUAGUGGAUGGAUACGUGGAAUAUCAGUACAACUUGGGCUCCGGUCCUGCCGUGAUUCGCGUUACCGCCCAGCGAGUCAAUGACGGUGAACGACACAGGAUAAUCCUGAAGCGACAGGGAAGCGACGGUAGCAUCGAAUUGAACGGCGAGCACACCGAAAGCGGCGUCAGCGACGGACUUCAGCAGAUCCUAAACGCGAGGGGUAGCGUUUACUUAGGCGGCUUACCCGAUUACGCGAUGGCUUACGGCAGAUACCACGAUGGAUUCUCCGGUUGCAUUUACACGCUGGAGGUGCAGGAUUCAGGGGCUAUCGAUAUCGGCGAGAAGGCUAUCAGAGGAGUAAACGUUUCGCCAUGUACCAGAGUGAGAUGGAUACCAUCCUCACUGGUAUUUACGGAUGCGGAGGCGGGUGGAUUCGACGCGUAUGUACCACCGCCGCCCGUAAACAUUAUCCAUCCGAAGCCCGCGUCCAAUCUGGCCGCAUACGACAUGACGAGUUACUCAUUAUUGAUUAUACUUCAAAAUCUGAUCGCUUUGACUAGAGAUAUUAAGGAACAAAGUGUACUUUUCACGCUGUUAUGCGUAGACGCAGUUAACGUUCUCAACGGCUUAUUAAGCUAAACGAUAGAAAAUUUUCGAUCUUGCACUACUCGUCGGAAAUACGCAUGUCUCUUUAUACCAAAUCGUUAUUAUCGAGUCGAGCGACGAAUGUACAGUAUUUUAAAGGGUGUGUAUUUCCGCGAGUUUGCGUGCAACAUGUACAGCUAAUAAAUCUGUAAAUUAUUUAAUGCUUAACACACCAAUGUCGGAAGUAACACGGCGAGACCACGUUAUCGAACUGAUAGACUUCCCAUACGUGGUGACUUCAUCGGAAGAUUAGGAAAAUAAAGAGAAG